CUUCACUCAUUCCCUCAGUUUUAAAAUCCCUAGCCUUCCUAUUUCACCAUGGCUGGUCUCAAUCCUCAUGUGCCUUUGAAUCUUGCUCAAGCUGCAAUCUUCACUGGAAAAGGGUUCAACAGUCCUGAAGACUAUAAUCGGUAUCUUCUCAAACUUCAGGAUCGUCCCUUAUGUCCAUCUGUAGCUCUUGAUCCUGUCAGAUUCAAUAGAUAUGAUAUGGACAUACCUAGGCUGAUCAAUGCUGUAGGAUGGUCUGAUUUGCCUCUCGACCAAUGCUACAGUUUUCGUCCUGAAGCAGUUCGCAUGUUUUAUGCAAACAUGAGACCCUGUUUUAACACCGAUCCUCCUACCUUCACAACCACAGUCUACAACUAUCUGCUCACCAUCUCAGUUGACCUACUGUCAUAUCUGCUUAGGUACCCUAUUCAAGGAGCUGAAGUUGUGGAUGAAGCUGAUUUUGCAGCGGUAGAUUUCAAUGAGAAUGAGGCUAUGCAUCUCUAUGCGAGGGAUAUUGGAGCCUAUCAUCCCACCAGAUUCGAUGCUAGGCGUCUGCCUGAUGAUCUAAAAUAUUGUGAUGACUACUAUCACGAUGAACUGCCCUUUGCGCCUCAAAUCACUCUGCUUAUACGUUCCUUGGGUCUUGAUCUGCGUUUCAAGGUUGCUCGGGUUGAUCUUAAUGACUCUCUUAGGGCUCAGUUCGUUCUUCGUAAGGUUCAUGCCCUUGUCGGUCGUCGUCGACCUAGUGUUGGCUCUGUCGUUCCUACUGAAGCUGCUGAAGGUGCACCUGAGGAAGGUCUAAGUCUUGCUGAUCUGGUGGAAGGAAUACCUGAAGAAAAAGGAGCAGAGGAGGCACCUGAAGAAGGAGGAGCUGAGGAGGCUAUGUCUGAUAUCUCAGAUUAUCUGUCCUCACCUAAUUAUCCUUUCUGAAGGAGUCUUAAGAUGUAUGUCUAAGGGGGAGUUAAAUAGCUUAGUUAUCGCAUAUCGUCUAAGUAAGAGUCAGGGGUUACAAACCUGCAGUAUGGGCUGGGCUGUUCGAAUAAAGCUCUGUUGAUCAGAGCAAGUGUGUCGUCUCUCAAUAAAACUAUGUCUAAGAG